AUGUACGCUAAACUGUUCAUCGUCUGCGUCGUCGCUGUGGUAGCGCUCGCCCGCGAGUACCCAGCUGGACUCCAUCCCGCAGUGUGCCCCAACUACCCCUACUGCGAUACAAACACCUUCGCAAGAUUCACCCCGGACGGCAUGCCUAUUCCUGAAUGGGUCUACAACCCCUCUAUCCUGCCCGUAGCACCCGCUGACCCCAAUGCCAACGUUGCCCCUAAAUACCCCGCUAAUUUCAACGCCGCGAGUUGCCCCAACUACCCCUACUGUUGG